AUGAUCCACGCACUGAAUCUGACAUGUACUCUUGGUUUCCCUCCUUCCAAUCCUUCCAUCUCCAUCCCAUACCCACACCACAACACAGUCAACACCUCCGGCCUCCCGCGCCUCUCCAAAUUCUACACGCCCCUCCACCAACCCGCGGACACCGUCAUCCAAAAAAUCUUCUCCCUCGUCUCCACGCGCCCCGCCGGGCUCUGCAACUUUGUCGAAGCGCCCGAACUCGAAGCCUUCCUCGGCCCCUCCUCCGAUCCCACUCUAAGUCUGAAGGGCGGGAGUAAAGGGAUAAGGAGGCUGCAAGACGAGAGGUGGAGAGUCGUUUAUCGGAAUUAUGCGACGCUUUAUUUUGUGUUUGUGGUUGAUAGUUCGGAGAGUGAGUUGGGGAUUUUGGAUUUGAUUCAGGUCUUUGUGGAAUCGCUUGACCGAGCAUUCGAGAAUGUGUGCGAGUUGGAUCUGGUCUUCCACUUUGACGAGGUCCACCACAUCCUAUCGGAAACGAUACAAGGCGGGAUAGUCCUCGACACCAACAUCGAGGAAAUAGACCGAUCGGUACAACAAGCGACACGAGCACGCAAAGAAUCCUUUGCAAGUGCCAACCCUCUUUCACUGGGCGCAGGAGGACUGAACCCGCGAGCUGGAACGCCAAAGACGCCGCUUGGUCUGGGAUGGCUUGCGGAUAAGAUUGUGGGGGCUACGAGUAGGCCAUAG